AUGGAAUCAGCACCAAGUGCUUGGGAAGCAUACGACUCGUCUCUGUGGGGUGCCUUCUUGGAAAGUGCCGCCCAGCAAGACCUGUCAGUAUCAGACCUCGAGCUGCUUUCUCCAAGCGAUCUCGAUGCGGCAGCAGACGAGUUUUUUAUGACGCAGAGCAUCCCCGCGCUGCGUAAGGGGCAGCUGAAGACGGCCUUGCGCCAGUGGGCUUCGCAACGAGGGCUGAUUGAAAUCCUUCCAGUUGAAGGCGAGGGUUCCAAGACUAAGAUCAUGGUAUUCUUGGACAAACCGAUCGGUGCCGGCGGUCAAGCUGACAUCUUCCUCGGUGACAUGUCGGGCGAGGCGGUUGCCGUGAAGCGUGUGAGCACAACAGCCCUGGCAGCCAAGGAGGAAGCUGCUCUGCGGCAAAUGUCAGACUGCCCUCAAGUGGUGACGCUUCAUCACGUUGUCAAGCACCGUGGCUACACCUGGCUGGUCCUAGAAGCUAUGCCGCAAGGCUCUGUGGCAGAGUAUCUUGCGAAGCAUGGCGCCAUGACCGAAGACCGGGUCGCUGAGGUAGUUCUGGAUGUUCUCCGCGCCCUGCGCCAUGCACAGGAGAUUUCUAUGGUGCAUCGCGACAUCAAGCCUGAGAACAUACUGCUAACUGCUCACGGUGCAAAACUCGCUGAUUUUGGUCUCGCAAGGCAUCAGCAAUCCAUGACUUCGCAGUCGGGCUUGAAGGGAACGCCUAUGUACAUGUCUGCCGCUGUCUUGCGAGGCGAGUUCUCUCAUGCCGGUGAUGUGCAUGCACUGGCUGUGUGCGUUUUGGUCAUGCUUAAAGGUGAUCAGCAGGUUUAUGAUCCGUCUGUGGCUUUCCCCUACGAGCCCCACUAUGCUCUCAUUGCUCACAUCCAAAACGGCAAUUGGCCCAACAUGUUGCCGCUUAUGUCAGCAGAGGCCGCUUGCUUCGUGAAGCGAUGUUUUAAAGCAGCUGCCACGAGGUCUUUCUCUGUUCAGGAGCUGUUGGAAGAUCCAUGGAUCUCCGAUCGUAAUCCGGUUUUGCAGCUCAUCCUGCGUGAAGACAAACGAAUGACAUGCACUCAGCAGCAGACUCCAACUCUACGGCAUUAUCUUGCGCAGACUCCAACUCCACGGCAUUAUCUUGCUGGUCGUGACGGCCUGCAAGCUCUGACCGCCUUGUCACGUGUAGAGGUUCUGCGCAACCGGGUGCGAAGCUUCUUGUUGCGAGGCUUCGGGCUCCGUGCGGAGACGGUGGACUUACUUCUAGACCAGUUGGUCAGGCUCGAUCUCAUCAACAGCAAGACUUCAGCGAUUAAGGACUGCACAGACGAAGAGCUCUCUGUCAUCGCAGGAGCUGGUGGCAACUUGGCAUGUCUUCUAGCCUUGCGCCAAGCAGCUGCCCGUGGAUACGAGAUUCGCUCGCAGGAUCGGGUAGACGCCUGGCUCCGGCUCGCAGAUGUAUGCUUUCAAGCUUUUCUCAAGCGUGCUGUACGGCCACACAGGGCCGAGGCAAAGGAGCUUGGCAGGAAGCGGAAGGAGGCUCACGAAGCAAAACUAGAAGCACAGAGGCGCAAGCAGAGGGAAGAGCAAGAGAGGCAGCGGAGGGAGCAGGAGCAACGUUUCGUGUCGGACAGUCAAGAAAGAGCGCAGCGUCUCUUGCACCAGUAUGCUGGUGAGCUCCGAUUUGAUCACUGUGACAGAAUUUUCUUGCGGGGUUCAGACUUUGCCUUCAUGAUGUCCGUUUUGAACAGGCAUCCGAAUGCGAGCAGCAAGAUCGGGUGUGGAGUUCGUGGCAUAUACGUUGCAAGGACCUCUUAUGGAAGCCCAUGCUUCCACGCCGAGCGCAGAGAUGGCACCGUCACAGACUUCUCGUACCGGAAGUGUUUGACCAUGUCCACAUGGCCUCGAGGAGGUUACGAUGUGAACCGUCCGGGUGUGAGACUUCCUGACUGGGACGACUUCGAUUAG